UGAAGGAUCAAAGAAGAUCAAGAUGAAAUGUUCUGAAUUUGCCCAUCAGAGAGCGCUGUGGGACUGCAUCACCUUUUGAGCAACUGGCCAGGAAUCGACCAGGAGAAGUGAGCAAUGUCCUUUGGGCAGAGAACCUCUUGCUUCUGCUGAAACUGUAUUCUGCCUGAUUCUUGAGCGUUCCAUCCCUCUUGCCAAUCUGCACAGCGGCAACUGACUGGUCUUAAGUAAGCACCUCUACCCUUCCCAGGGUCACAGUGGAAGGACCAUGGCAGACACUGGGGAGGGGAAAAAAGAGGAGGCAGAUUAUAAAAGACUUCACAGCUUCCCGCUGAUCAGGCACACAGACAUGCCAGAGGAGAUGCGUGUGGAGGCCAUGGAGCUGUGUGUCACUGCCUGUGAGAAAUAUGCCACCAACAAUGAGAGCGCUGCUAAGAUGAUCAAAGAGACGAUGGACAAGAAGUUUGGCUCCUCCUGGCAUGUAGUGAUUGGUGAGGGCUUUGGCUUUGAGAUCACCCAUGAGGUGAAGAACCUGCUGUACAUGUUCUUUGGCGGCAGCCUGGCUGUUUGUGUCUGGAAGUGCUCUUGACAAAUCUCAUGUCCCUGGCUCACCACAUACAAGGGAUUUCUCUUUCUCGGGUUUUUGUACAAUCUUGAGGCAGGGCUUUAUUUUAAUAGGAAAUUUUGGGUGGGUUUUUUCAUACUUACAUACUAGUUUCCUGAGAUACUCUGUGUGUGAGUAAAAUCUACUGAACUAUCUAAUACAAGUUUGAAGAGUAUCUCACUUCAAUCUUGUGUGUCUCUUUGCUUAAAUGAUAAGGGUAGGAAGGGAUCUGGUGGGCAGGUAAACCCAUAGGAUGUUUAUGAAGCCAUUCAUCAGAGCUAGGAGUGUGUGCAAAAGGAAAAAGGGUGCUAAUCAAGCUAUACCAUCUUUUUCUCUCAUAUUUCCACACUGGUUUCUCUCUUCUUUGAAGUCCCUCCUACACCAUAGAAAGGUUCUGGAGACCAAUGUCUGUCCCAUUCUGAUCCAUCAGUGUUUUGUUUCUUGUUUUCUUUCUUUCUCCAUCUUGGAUGACCUCUUGGAACAGGUCAUAACAAGAAUCCUCUCACACUGUCCCAAACAGUGCUAGGGGCUAAGUCUGCUUUCCUGCACUUCUCUCCCACUCUCUGGGCCAAGAACAUGACAGCUGAAUUGCCUGGGUGUGAGAAGAAAUAGAUAAAUUAAAAAUCCAAACCCAGUGGGUAGUUGCUAUGCAAACUGACCCCUCCUUCUCACACCUACUAAGCAGCAGCAUAGCUCUAAAAUGUUUGCAGUUGCUGGCACAUUGGGGAGUGGGUGAGAACUCAAUACAGCAUUUUAAUGUAUUCUUAAGGGAAGCAAAAGAUCUGGGCACAGCAUGGAUGCCAGUAUUGUGCACAAUCAAUACCUUAUUUAGAGGUUUGUAGUAGGAGGGAGCUCCAUGUGAGCUGCCAGUUUGUCAGUCAUCUUAGGUUUAAUAUACAUUUGUUCGUUGGUCUGCUUUAUCUUUUUUAAAGCUGUGGGGAAGGUGUUAAGAGAGAGAAUGAACCUACUUGUAUUUUACAUAAGUGAUUUAUUUAUAUGAAUAUGGGGAUUUUUUUAACAAUAAAAAGUUUUACAAUGAG